AUGCCUGGUAGCGAUGAUAGCAAGACUGUCAAGAAAACCACGACAUUUGAAGGAGGAGCGAGCCACGAAAAGACGGAAGACCACAUGCCUCUCAGUCCUACUGCAGGAGGGAACGAGGAUGCAGAGCAUAGAGACCCACCUUUGGUCGAUACCUCUAUCAAAAAGGAGAGCAGGUCGAACGCUCCAGGGGUUGAUGAGCCUGGCGAACGUGAAAACCUUGGUGAAAACGAACUGGAUCCAGAGGAUAAGAAAUUUCCACCUCGAGGGAAUGGGCAAUUCAAAUCAGCGCUUAGUUCUCCUUCAGUAGAUGGGACUAGUGGUGUUUUAACUAGGCAAGGUGAACUCGACACACGCCGAGAACAGAAUGAACAACAGGCUUUCCAGAAAGUUGCAGAGGAAACCAACUUUGAUGCCAAUCAAACCUCCACAUAUCUUGAAAAAAGAGGCUCAGGGGAGCGGAAUUCAACGAAUUUUCAAGUUUCGCAAGAUGAUGAAGCAGAUGAUGCGGCUUCUACAUUUGGUGACAACCAAUCGAUUGUUAGCCGAAGAGGGACAGAUUAUAAUCCUAAGAAUUUUGGCAAUCGUAGUCUAAAACAUCUAAAACAUACAGCUAUUGAUCCCAGCUCAUUACUCAACCUAAAGCCCGGUCGUGAACAUUCCAAAGUUACCAUUGAACAGAAGAAGCAGUUGAAGAAGUGCAAAGUGGCGCUCUAUGUGAGAAUUCCCUAG